UCGAGAGUUGUUUGGGUCUCUUUCGUUCCCCCAAUGAGUCACUGAGUGCAGUCCUGUGUGAUUGGCUCAUCUUUUGUCUUUUCUCGGCUCUGAUAAAACCGAGAAUUCGCAAAACUCUUUGCUCUGGUUCAGUUCUGUCGUGUUGCAAGUUGCAACUGAACCAAUCAACAACUUUCUUGUAUUCCAAAUUAUCUUCACCAUUACAAUCCUCAAAGUCAAAAAGUGAAGACCUUAACAUAAAACAAAACACAAUGGUAAUGUGGGUAUUUGGGUAUGGUUCUUUGAUCUCGAAAGCUGGGUUUCACUAUGACGAACGUAUUGUUGGUUUCAUCAAAGGCUAUCGACGAGUCUUCUACCAAGGCUCUACUGACCACAGAGGAACCCCUGAGUUCCCUGGAAGAACAGUGACCCUGGAGCCUGCUGAAGGAGAAAUAUGUUGGGGAGCUGCUUACAAGAUCGCAAAGAAAGAAGAUGCAGAAACGGCAUUAGUGUACUUGGAAGUAAGGGAGAAGCAAUACGACAAGAAGGAAUACCUUGAUUUUUAUACUGACCUUACCGCUACAUCUCCAGCCGUUUCUGGAGUGAUGGUAUAUAUAGCAACUCCCGACAAGAAAUCUAAUGUAAAUUAUUUGGGCCCUGCAUCGAUUGAAGACAUUGCAAGGCAAAUAAUUCAAGCUAAAGGUCCCGCAGGACCUAACAGAGAUUAUCUUUUCAACCUUGAAAAGGCUCUUCAUGAAAUAGGAUGCAAAGACAAACAUGUCAUUGAUCUUGCAAAUGAAGUCAGGCGUAUUCUUGCAGAGGAACACUGAAUGCAUCUGUGUGUUAUUUAUUUAUUUAUGCUGAUCAGUAUGUUAUUAAGCACAACAUUCUGAGACAUUGAAGUAUAUUUAAAUCCAUUGGAAACUUCAAGUCUUCCAAAAAAUGUUAUGUUGGAAGAUAAUAAUUGACUGUAAUUGCUAUAAAAUUAAAGUUUGUAUGGGAUGCUUAUUGCUAUACAAUUGAAGCUUAAUAUAAUGAUUUUUAUUAACAACUACA